AUGCAUCGGCUCACUCGCUUCUUGAGUCUGUCAUUAGCAGUCGCAUCCGGAACCAGAGCCUUGGAUGCUUCUAUAUUCACAUUCGACCCAUCUUCACCAUGGCAAAACACAAAGGCUCCGGUGAUAACUGAUGAUGUAGCUCGACAUCUCUUGGAGCUCCGAAUGAACGUACCUACCGCUUCGACUCUGGGAAAGUGGGAUCAAGACAUAGUUGAGCUUUUGGACAGAUAUGGUGGCUUGCCACGUCCGUUGUUUGGCGGUGAUAUCGACUAUAAGGAUGUUACUAGGAGCCUUGUGAUUCUUGAAGGGCUAGAGCUGGGACUUGGAUCUUCUGUUCAGCAAAGGUAUCAAGGAGACCUCAUGAUUGGUAGCCCUUCGGCCAAUGGCAUAAUUGAUGGUUUCCUCGACUCAUCAGAGGCUAACUCUGACGGCUAUGUUGUGACCACAAAGAACUAUUGUAAAUUCGAUGGCGGAGUCGAAACAAGCUCCGAUGUUCUUCAAACGAUUGAAAAUUGCAUUCCUAAGGGCUCUGCAUUCGAAGCAGUAGCCCAUGUAUUCAGCAAAGAGCUUCUCGGCAUUGUGAAGCUGGCGGAAACGUGGGUAGACGAGCAGAGCUUGACAGCAGUCUUGAAGAUGUCAUUGCAGUUUCCUGAUGAUUGUGUGGGCUCUGGCUCUGUAGCUGACUCGCUGACGUCUGCUCUCCAUGGUCUACGUUCUCUUUCGUCAGAAGCCAAACAAAUCACAGCAGUCCUUCUGCCUAGAUCUAGCCAAGGUCAAAGCUCGAAAAGUAGAGUGAACCCUCGAGGGGCCGUGAAACAGGAAGCUGCUGUCAGAUCGACUGGUGCGGCAGUUAUGACGACGCUCCAGAGGCAAACACAUCCAGUUUGUUUCACCUCGAAUUCUUCGUGCAAUGUGGCAACUGAUAGCUGCUCUGGACAUGGGCUUUGCUAUAAAAAGUCCGGGUCAGCCAACGACGAGGUCGCUAGCGACUGCUACGCCUGCAAAUGCAAGUCAACCAUCGUCACCAAAGAAGAUGGUACUGUCCAAAAGAUUCAUUGGGGAGGGUCUGCGUGCCAAAAACGAGAUAUCAGCUCCCCUUUCUUCUUGAUUGCAGGUAUCAGUAUACUGGUGGUCAUGGCGGCAGGUACUGCUAUUGGGAUGUUGUUUCAUAUUGGACAGAAUGAGUUACCAGGUGUUAUAAGCGCUGGAGUUGGCCCCGCAAAAGCGCAGAAAUGA